AUGAGCUAAGAGAAGUUCAAAAGAUAUAAACUAAAUGUGUUUCUGUUAUAGAAGAACAAAAUGAAAUCUGAAGAAAGGGUUAUUACAAACACAUCCACUAAUUUUCAUGCACUCUCUCCACAGCAAUCUCCCAAGAUUACUUCCAUUCUGAACCGUACAAAACUAUCACUGGAAAGAUCGCGAUCCUCACAUCGAAUGGAAAAGAUCAUGAUCUUAAACAAAAAGAAGGUUUCCAAGAAUGAAAUAUACAAUAUCAAUAAACCUAAAGAUUUCUUCAAUGACAGUCCUAAUUUGAUAGAAGAAAUGAAAUACGACAUCAAUAUCUAGUUUUUGAAAGAAUGCAAAUCCAAUAACGCAGGUGCUUGUCUUUAACUAUUGGAACCUACAAUUGUUCAUUAGGUUUUAAAUAUCUCGCCUUCAAUUCCCAUUAGAGCAGAUUUAAAAGCAAAUUUAAAUAUUUAAGAUGCCAAUUAAAAUACUGCAUUACAUAUUGCAGUGAAAAACGGGAACGUUUAAUUAGUCUAAGCUUUAAUUUACAAAUAAAUUAACCUAGAGAUUGAAAAUUCAGAAAAGAUGACUUCAUUAAUACUGGCUAGUUAUCAUGGAAACGAAGAAAUAUUCUAAAUUCUAAUUAAUGCAGGAGCCUAAGUUAAUCAUUAAGACAUGUACGGUAACACAUGUCUCCAUUAUGCUUGUAAAUUCAAUCGCAAAGAAAUAGUGACACUCAUCCUUCAACAUCCAAAUCUCAUUUUUAAAUCAAACAACGAUCAGAAAUAUCCUGACUAUUAUAUCCAUGAUUCUGAAAUCAUUCAAUUAUUCACUCAAUUUUAAUUGGAACACUCUAAACAAAAAAGAAAAGCCAAAGAAGUUUAAAUACAGAAUAUACAAAUGGAAUAUUAUUGUAAAUCAAGUAAUUUUUCCAAAAAUUAAUGUAAAUUACAAAAUUCGCCUAUUCAAAAUUUAUCGCUUGAAACUAAACAGGGAAUGCUUAAACAUAUAAGAAGUUACAACUAAAUUAAGAAAGGAAAGACCAAUACUCCUUCUACAAUUGAUUCGAUGAAAUAAUCCAAAAGAGAAGAAAAAGUUGGUCCCUCUCAAUUCAAAGUAUUAGGUUUAUUAGGCAAAGGAAGUUUCGGAUAAGUUUACCUCGUGCAAAAGAACAAAAAGCUAUACGCCAUGAAAGUACUACUUAAGAGUAUGAUCUUAAAACAAAACAUUUGUAGAUAUGCAAUAACCGAAAGAAAUGUGUUAUCUGUAACAUCUCACCCAUUCAUAGUUAAAUUGAGGUAUGCUUUUCAGACGGAGGAUAAGUUGUUUAUGAUUCUGGAUUAUUGUCCUGGAGGAGAUCUGGGAAUGCUACUGUGUAAAAUAAAGAGAUUCCCCGAGGAACUUGUAAAGCUAUAUACUUGUGAGAUUAUUCUGGCUUUGGAGGAUCUUCAUAAAAGAGACAUAAUCUUUCGUGAUUUAAAACCUGACAAUAUCUUGCUUGAUGCAGAUGGACAUGUCUUAUUAACAGACUUCGGAUUGUCUAAGGAGGGAAUACCUCAAUCAAGUAAAGGAGCACAAUCGUUUUGUGGUUCUGUGGCUUAUUUAGCUCCGGAAAUGCUAAAGAGGUAGGGUCAUGGAAAGGCGGUAGAUUGGUAUUUACUAGGAGUGGUGAUGUAUGAACUGUUGGUAGGGUUGCCUCCUUAUUAUGAUAAUGAUCGAGAUACGUUAUUCUACAAUAUCGAGAAUGCAAGUCUGAAAAUCCCUUAACACAUUUCAAUUGAGUGUCGAACUCUAUUAAAAUCAUUACUGGAGAGAAAUCCAACCAAACGAUUGGGGUCAGGGGAAGGUGAUUCUUUAGAAAUCAAGGUACAUCCCUAUUUCGCAGAUGUUGAUUGGGAACUGGUUCUGAAUAGAGAACUCUCGAUGCCUAAGCCUGAUUAUAGUUUGAAGAUCAAGUCAAUGGGGGAACAGAAUGUUUUCGAUUUGCAGAGCUUUGUAGAAUUUGAGUAAUCUCAUGUGAAUGGAUGGUCAUAUGUUCAAAGAGAAUGA